GCAAACUCCUCCCGCCGACGAUUGCUCGGGUUGACUUGCCCUCACAGGCGUGACCAACAUCAGGGCGGCGAUCUCAAUUAAGAGCGUGUGGCGGCGCAGCUGCAACGCAGGUCCGACGCGACUGCACCUAGCACAAGACCGCGUGCCCUCGUGGAGGAUGCUGCGCGUCCUCUUGACGCUCGCCUUGGGUGAGGCCCUGAGGGCCCCCGGCGCGCUCCGCGCGCGGCCCGCGCGGCGAGCGGCCGCGCCCGUGAGCAUGAUGGCCGGCGGCGCCAAGAAGAUCCUCGUCCUGGGCGGCGACGGCUUCUGCGGCUGGCCGACGGCCGUCCACCUGUCGGACAAGGGCCACGCCGUGACCAUCGUCGACAACCUCAGCCGGCGGGACAUCGACACGGAGCUCGGGUGCGACUCGCUGACGCCCAUCGCCCACCCGGAGGUGCGCAUCGCGGCGUGGAAGGAGCUGACGGGCAAGACGAUCGACUUCGUCAAUCUGGACGUCGCGAAGGAGUACGACCGUUUGGAAUCGUUAAUCAAGGACAAGCGGCCCGACUCCAUCGUCCACUUCGCCGAGCAGCGCGCCGCGCCGUACUCGCAGAAGGGCACGAAGCAAAAGAGGUACACGGUGGACAACAACGUCUGCGGCACGCACAACCUCCUGACGGCCGUCGUCGAGGCCGACUGCUGCGCGCACAUCGUCCAUCUCGGCACCAUGGGCGUGUACGGGUACGGCACGUCGGGCGGCGAGAUCCCCGAGGGUUACAUUGACGUCGUGCUGCCCGGCGGCCGCGACUCGCGCAUCCUCCACCCCGCCUACCCCGGCUCGGUCUACCACACGACCAAGUGCCUCGACGCGCUCCUCUUCCAGUUCUACGCGAAGAACGACGGCGUGCGCGUCACCGAUUUGCACCAGGGCAUCGUCUGGGGCACGAACACCGACCUGACGUCGAUGGACCCGAGGUUGACGAACCGCUUCGACUACGACGGCGACUACGGCACGGUGCUGAACCGCUUCCUCAUGCAGGCGGCCCUCAACGUGCCCAUGACGGUCUACGGCACGGGCGGCCAGACGCGCGCCUUCAUCCACAUCUCGGACACGUGCAAGUGCAUCGAGAUCGCCAUCAACAACCCGCCGGCCGAGGGGGCCCAGCCCGAGAUCUUCAACCAGGUCGCCGAGACGCGGCGCGUGCGCGACAUCGCGGAGCUCAUCUCGAAGAACACGGGCGUCGAGGCGCGCUUCCUCGCGAACCCGCGCCAGGAGGCCGCCGAGAACGAGCUCGACGUGAGCAACCGCAAGUUCCGCGCGCUGGGCUUCGAGCCCACCAAGCUCAACGACGCGCUCUUCGAGGAGGUCCAGGACGUCACGCAGAAGUACAAGGACCGCUGCAUCCCGACGAAAAUCCUGCCGGCCUCGUUCUGGAACAAGAAGCGCGCGCAGGAGGUCGCCGCGGACAAGGAGGCGCGGGGCGCGGUCGACUCGGCCGCGGCGGCGGGCGUCGGCCGCUAGGGCCGCAGUUUCUAGGAUACCCCCUCGUGAAGUAAUACGUCGUUGGUCAA